ACGAACAACCUCAUUAUCUCCAUUGUUUCUCACUACGAGCUCCGCAGAGUGUCUGCUAGUGUAGAAAACGAUUUAUAAACAACUGUUCAGUUGGCUAACUCUAGCUAAAGGAAGCUAGCAGUCGUGCUAGCCUCACAGAGCCACACCAAGAUGGACGAAGCUACUGGCGCUGCGAUCAAAGAAGACGGAGCUGAAAACGACCCGUUUAAUGGAGACAGAGCAGCUGAAAACGAUCCUUUCAAUGGAGAGAGAUCAACUGAAAACAGCAACAAUUCAUUGGCUGAGGACACCGCAGACAGGGUUGGGGUUUUCUGCUGUCGAGAUUGCGGAGAAGCCUUCGGAGAGGAGGCAGCCUACUUGGAGCAUCGCCAACAGCAUCCCCAAGAAAACUGCGUCAUGUAUUUAGACGACCAGUUGGGUGGUUUACAUGAUUCGGAAAAGGACAGUGAUGUGGCAAAUUUCUGUACUAUAUGUUCAAUGUCAUUUGUUGAACUGAGUGAAUUCCACUCACACAUGGAGAGUAACCACGGUCAAACCUCCCACAAGGAGUCUGGUAUUCAGAUCGUUUCAGGGACAACAAAGCAGCACACCUAUGAAUGUACAGACUGUGGGAAAUCAUAUGGCGUGAUUGGACACUUUCUCAACCAUCAGCGCUCACACAGACAAGCCUCCAAAUCUGUUUUUCAUGACCUUGAACAUCUGAAAAAGAAGUCGUUUCAGUGUGAGUCAUGUGGACGGAAUUAUUCUCGUGCAUCUGCUCUUGACGCUCACCGUCGUUGUCACGAGGGAAAGUUGGUAAAGUCACGAAACAGGAGUUCAGGGGAUUCAUUCCACAUUGAGGAGACAAUGGCUGAAACCAAGCCCAGUGAAAACCAGACUGAUGAUACUGAAAAACUCUUUAAGUGUUCUUGUGGUAAAGCUUUUACUGCUCUGUUGCGCCUGAAAACUCACCAACGAUUUAGCCGCAACAGCCAAUGCACUCCGGAAGAAAUGAAAGAAAAAGAAAAACCAAAGAAAAGCUGCAGUGAAUUUUACUGUAGUGAGUGCAAAAAGGGUUUCAAUGGCCAUAUCGCCCUGUUUAACCAUCAGAGAUGGCAUGCUAAUCACUCGGAUGAAUCUGCAAAAAGGUUCCCGUGUGAGGAAUGUGGAAAAGUAUUUAUGACUCUAACAUUCUACUACAGGCAUCAGCGCAUGGCACACAGUGAUGAGACUCCAUCAAAGUCGUUUCACCAUCAAGUGUGUCAACUACAAAAGAAGGCAUUUGAAUGUAAGGACUGUGGACUAAAGUUUUCAAGGGCUUCAGCACUUCACUCUCAUCAGCUCCAUCACACAGAUGUCUUCAGAGAGACAGAGGGAGCGGCCCAGACAUGUCUGUCUCUACUACCUCCACAGAAAGUCUUGGAAGGUGAAAUGACACAACAAGUAGAGUCAGAGAAUGUGCCUCUUACCAAUGUGGCUGAAGAAGACUCUCAAGUAAAUGAGACGGAUGAAGACAUGGAGAGCUAUGAACCUGGGGACUUUAAUGUACAGGUGAUCAGUGCAAGUGAAUCUGAGGAUGAACCUGUCCAAGACCUGAAUCCUGAUCUUGAGCUGCUGUGUGAAUCAGAUCAGGAAGGAAGAGACGACAGUGAAAUAGAAAUUUCACCCAUUAAUUUUGUUUCAAAACCAGAGAUGGAUUUGAAAAUUGUACAAAUUGACUUUGAGCCAGCCGAGGAGCCGUGCACACUGGUAACGAGGGAAGCUGAGGAUAAACCGACAGUGGAAAGAUUUGAUUGUCCAGAUUGUUACCGUUGGUUUACUAGUGCAUCAUCACUGCGUGUUCACAGAAUGUGGCACGGCAUUCAUAAGAGAAGACAACAGACUCAAGGUCAGUCAGUGGCAGUUUACACUUCUGACACAUGUGGCCAUGAAGCCAGUAGCUAUGCAGCACACUGCAGUCACAUACAAGAACACAAGGAUCUAAACACAAGUGCAAAUGUAUUGUACCAGGCAGAGGAAUUAGACAAGAAAAAAUUGAAAUGUGACAAGUGUGGUAAAUGCUUCUCGCGUUUGUCUGCUUUAGUCUCUCAUCAGUUGCAUCAUCCCAAAAGAAAACAAUUCCAGUGCCCAGAUUGCAUGAUGUCUUAUUCAUACGCAGCUAGCUUGUUUAACCAUAUGAACAAUUGUCCUGCACAAAAGAAAGAGAACAUCUCAGUCACUAAGAAAGAGUACAAUCCAAAGAAAACCCUUCUAGGCCCAAAGAUUUAUCACUGCGAACAGUGUGGGAAGGGUUUUUGGUCUUUAGGAGCGUACUCCCAUCACAAGCAAAGUCAGACUGAAUGUGCAGCUUUGAGGCUAAGAAAAGGUAGUGUAGGUAAUGUGCACUCUGUUAAUGGAGGUCCACGCUCCAGUCUUAAGGUUGCAUGUCCAGUGUGCGGUAGAAAAUUCCGUCACAAGGGCAUCAUGGCACUGCACAUGAGGAAACACGAGAAUGGAAAUCAUAAAUGUGAACUCUGCAACAGGUCAUUCCGCCUCUUUUCCAGCCUACUCAGGCACCAGGUUGUGCAUAAUGACCAGUUACUCCCACCACCAGUUAAGUCUUUUCAACAUCAGGUAGAGCAGUUGAAGAAGAACACGUACAGCUGUCCUGACUGCGGAAAACUGUUUUCACGGGCCAAAGCGCUUCAGUUUCAUAUGAAAAGUCAUGGCUAUGAGACUGGCCACUCACUGUCGUCCCCAAGAGCCACAGUCAAACUGGAGGAUCUCCAGUGUCCAACGUGCCUAGCACAUUUCAACAACAAGGCCUCCUUGAGGGCCCAUCAAAAGCUUUGCAUUAAAAGAGACAGUCAAGUAGCGCAUUAUAAGACUGAAACCUCAGAAAAUAAUGACACUCUAAAAUUGGCCAAAGAUAGCAUGGAUGUCCACACACAGGAAAGCUCUGAGCAGUCAGCAGUUAAUACUGAAGUAAAGAAUGAAAUUGACACAGAAGAGCUAAAGAUAGAAAGUCAGGGAUUUGAAACAGAUUUGAAAUACAAAUGCAAAAAGUGUGACAGAAGCUUUUCGGUGAUCGGAGCCUUAAAUUUUCAUAAAAGAGUUCACACUGAGGGACACAGAUCUGUAGCAAAAGCCAAAUCAGCCAUGUCCCCAGUGCUUAAGCAACCUAAACAGGAAGUGCUAAGUGAAGGAUUUCACUGUUCCGAAUGUGGGAGGCGAUUUAUGACCAGCUCAGCUCUCGGCUCCCACAAAAGAUGGCACUCAGAAAAGACAUUUUCACAUUCUUUACUAAAAGAACAGUUUUUGAACCGUUGUGCUCUUGAGAACCAGCAGAUGUUAGAUCCUCAGAGUCAGACCACAACUGAGCCAGAUCCUGAUUCGAACAAAAGUAUGGAGAGUAAUAGCACACUGGAUCAUCCAGAGCUUUCAUGUCCAGAAUGUAACAAAACAUUUGACCAAGGUUCGCUUUUAGCUGCUCACUAUGAAAAUAAACACAGUAAAAGUUUGGAAGCUGAAGAUCUUGAGGGAGAUGGAUCAGCAGACCAAGUCUCAGAACAGGGUGAUGUCAACCUCAAUGGGACUGAGUCGGACUCAUUAACACUGAAGCGAAAGACUCACCAGUGUCCCAUCUGCUCUUGUACUUUUACGAAAGCCAGAGGCCUACGUGCUCACAAAUGGCAGGCCCACUCAAAGAGUGCAAAAGGCAAAAAUAAGGUUCCUUGGGGUGCUCAAAAGGAGUCUCUAGUGUCGAGCAGUGAAGUAAAAAACUCAGAAGAUGCAGUUGUAGACAGUGCUGCAGUGACGAGUAAUGAUAGUGUUGCAAAGAAAAAAAGACAGAGGAAAAUCAGAUUAGACCCCUUCCCUGUGAAACCUGUCUCUUGUCUUGACUGUGGGAUACAGUGCAGUUCUCCAGCAGCCCUCAUCGACCAUAAGAAAGUAUGUCUGGAAGGAAAGCAGGAGAUCCAGACUCCUGAAGCCACAGCAGAGGUUUCCCCACCACUAAGCCGGCUGUCAGAGCAUACAGCCAAAUGCCUCUUCAAGUGUGAUAAGUGCGGGAAAGCUUUCCAAACAGAGGAACAAUUAGGAACACAUAAGACCAAGGCAAAGAGUCGGCCUUACUGCUGCGCAUUGUGCUGCCAGGGCUUUUGGACUGAGAACCAGCUGCAGCAACACCUUGCCUGGCACGAUGAAGUCCGAUGUCGUCUCCCAAAUGAAGUUCGCUUCAGGCUCAGUGCUGCUAUGACCACAAAGCCUCUAAAACCCAACAUCCUCCCUGCUGACGACAGAGGGAAGUCCUUUCCAUCUUCCACUCUGAACCGACCUACACUUAGCCCAGACAGCCAGUCACAAAGUAGCCAUAAGUGCCAACAUUGUGGCAAAGCCUUUCUCUCACCAGCCGCAUUACACAAACAUGAAACUCAGCACUGUAACAAUGACUCGUAUCAUUGCUCCAUUUGCCCCAGGACCUUCGCUGAAAUACAGGACCUUAUCAGUCAUCACCAGGAAUGUAUCGGUGAUUACAAAACGCAGAGUCAUACCCCUGCUGCUGUCUCCUCAGGAGAUACCAAUGGCCUUACUUGCCUUGAAUGUGGAACUACUUUUUGUCAAGAAACUGAUUUGCACCAGCACUAUAUUGAACAUGCCCAAGGAGUGUUUUAGACAAAACAAACUGAAAACUGAAAUGAAGACACCAUAGAUUGUGGAUUUUUUUUUUACUUAGAUGUGUUAAGCUGCAAAAUGAUUGUUUAGAUCUUAUUGUUUAAGCUGACUAGACUAGCUUUCCUUAUUUGUUUCUAUAUUAUUUCGAUUUUGUAUAUUUAAAAAAAGCAGUUCUUUUGUUUAUUUUCCUGUUCUCUGACUUUCGUUUACACUGGAUUAGUAAUGUGUACAAAUGUUAAAGAAUAGCUGCUUUACAUAGCCCUUUUUAUAUCUUUACAGUAGUAGUGUUUAUGUCACAAAUGCAACGUGUUGUGCUAGCAGAUGAUUUGAAAACAUUUAAAAACAUUUAUGCAUGUCUGUUCUCAUGCAUUUAGAAAUUCCUCAAAGUGUGUUUCACAAAAACUUAUUACAAAGUUUAUGAUGAUGAUGAUGAAAUCAUCCUGUAAAACAGAUAUUUACUAAUUCUGCUGCUGUCGUACCUGAGGUUUUGACUGGAUGAGGUUUACAUAUUUCAGAGAAAAGAUGAAAAUAUCUGAAAUUCAAUAGUGUGCACUCUUUGUCAUGUGAAUUGGUGAAAAAAAAUGACCUGAUGUGGAAUGUGACAGCCACUAAAAUUAUUUUCACAUUCAACUAGUAAUUGUACUGUACGUGCAAUUGAUUUAUAAGCUCACAUGUCAUUUCAUAUUUAGUGUUAUAUUUCUUUGUUGUGCAAAAUCUAUUCAUUAUCAAAACUUAAAAAAAAAUAAAUUAGCACAGCACUUAGAUUCUUUAAGGAUAGUUGCACGUUCCUUUGUACCACUUGCAUAGUGGAAAUAUUAUUUGUAUUGUAAGAGAGAUAGAGUUACUUUGCUAUAUUAAUUUAUGAAGAUCUUUUUUUUUGCCCUAGAUGACAAACAUUCCCUUUGACUACUUGUUUAACUUGCUGUUUCUGGAACUAAGAGG